CCCCGGGUGGCCUUAAGACCGCCCCUGAGCUACUGAUGGCUCCAAGAAGGCCGAACCACACAAGAGGUCCUCCGUAGCUGUUUGGCUCAAGCCAUUUUGCCUCAAGCUUUCCGCAGUCGGGUGCCCCGACAGCGCCCAGGAUCGCAACGCGGGCUUGCCGCGAUCCCUGGAUCAUGGCGCGCUCCUGGCUCCUCCUCUCCACGUGGGCCGUGUCGAUCGCGGAGGCGACUGCCUCCGCGGGCCGCGGCCCCUCCGGCGGGGCCGCGCGCUCGGAGGCGGACGUGGGCCACGAGCAGGAGUGCGAGCACGCGUCCAUCGGCUUCGAGGCCCUGCAGACGGCCUCUGCGCUGUCGAGGCCCAGCCCCAUCCUCGAGCGGGACGCGGGAGGGGCAGAGAGCAGCCAGCGGAGCGGCGUUCAGGGCAACCCGUACGUCCCGGGUCCCAACAUCUAUCUCGCAGACCUCGUGGACCUCGACAGCUACUGGGGCUACUGCCUCGACAUCGCUGGGUCCCCGCCACACCCGCAGUGCGACAGCAUCCAGGGGCACACCUGCAAGUCGGACGGUGCGGACACCCAGUUCUGGUACGACCCCGACACGGAGUCGAUCGUGUCGCAUAAUUUCAACGAUAUAUGCAACCCCAUGUAUGACGGGGAGCAGGACGGAAGGACAUGGCAGGCGGACCUGAACAACACCCGCGGCGGUUGCCUCAGGGUCGCUGGGUCCCUCGACGCUGGGACUGGGCUUGUCAUGGUGGAGUGCCGGGCGCCCGACUCUCUGCAGAAGUUGAGAUACACCCCGAGCAGGCAGUUCGCCGUGGUGAACACCAGUUUCUGCCUCGUCCUCGGGCAGGCGAGACGGGAUCCCUGGCCCCUCUGAGAGUUCCGCAGGUGAUGGUUCCACGUCUGAACAACUUGCCCUGGUUUUUCAACUCCAACAUGUAAUUCAUUAGUCUAAAUGACUGACUCAUGAGUGGCUACCACGUAUACAAACUUUCUCCGAAUGCAGCGAUCAUGACGGGGUUGUCGGUUGGUAGUCCGGCGCGUUUUUGCGACGGGCCCGCUUGCAUCAGAGUUUUCGCGAAAGUACCCGUCAUUCUUGACGGCAUUUUGCGUCCCUUUCGUCUCGCAGGGUGUUUGGGCUGGGUGGUACCGCAUCCCAGGGCUGUGACAGUCCCCUGCGCCUCUUUUCUCUCGCAGAGGCGCGGCGGGACCGCGGCCACGGAGUUGCGACGGCAUCUUGUCCAAUGAUUUCGCACUCCUGUACCCGUAGGAUUUGUAUGUAUAUUUAUAUAUCUAGUUGAAUUUGUUUGGGUGGGACCGCAGCCAUGGGCUGUGACGGCAUCAUGCGUCUCUUUCGUCCCGCAGUGUGCUUGGGUUGGGUGGCACCGCAGACCUCGGCUGUGACAGUUCCUUACGUCUCUUUCCUCUCGCAGAGUGUUUGGGCGCGGUGGGGCCGUGGCCAUGGAGUUGCGACGGCAUCCUGUCCAUUUAAUUAUUCAGCGUAGAAAAAAGAGGACCGCAAGAGGUCCCCAAAUCCUCCACGCUCAACGGCCCGUCGGGGGCCCCCCACCAAGCACCCGGCCUGAUGUGCCCGGUCGGCCCCGACGGCCCGUCCGAGCCCCGCACACGCAGUAGGGUUGAUGAACCCGGAGGCCUCUUCCAGAACAUUUGGUCGACGGCACGGCGACGACGUCAAUACGGAUACUUCAUGGGGACGAUCGUGAUGUGCAUACGUUCCCGUACAACCUCACAUCGAAUUUGGGUUUAUGUUGUACACGUCCGAUUCGUAUAUUCAAUGCUCAACCCAGGAUCCAACGCACCACAAUCCACGUGUGCCUAGCUCAGGUGCAACAUUCACUACACGUUUUUACUCGCCCAGGCGCAUAGGUUGCUCAAUGCAGGUUGAUGGCUAAGAGGUUGGGAAAUUGAGGAUGUGGGCUACAGCGACAGAUGUCCUUAAAGAUGCAGGGUCCAGACGCCGUUGUAGACCGAGUGCAUGUCCAAGCGGCACGCCGUCAGUGAUGCCGUCCCGCGCCGAGAUGUAUGGUUUGUGUUCCCAGCGAGAUUCAAGUUCUUCCAUUUGUUAGGUGGUCCAUCUAAGGAAGACGUGCGACGCGUUGAGGGUGCCAAUCGAGUCCAUGGACCAGCCGCUCGGGCUCGCGCUGGGCGAGGGCGCCAACGUCUACUACAACAUCCUGAACGGGUUCGCGUACGUUUUUUUGUGAUGCGUGGAACCGCACUGUCGCGUGGACUUCCUCGCGUGCGGCGAUGCGGGCGCAGGCUGGCCAGACGUCGGUGCCGUCGGAGCUGGCACGCCGAGAGCGGGGCCGAAGCCGGACAAAAACAGUUCAGAAGGGCGCACACACCCCACGGGUGUUGGGUUCGCUGCAGCGGCCGCCUUGGUGCACCCUCGAUGGAGGGCAUGGCGGCUCCCUGUGCUACACCCUGCUCUGGCACGACUUGUGCAUGUGCACCAUCAAGU